AUGACGACGAUGAUGAUGAAGAACCCCAUGGCUCUGGUGGCCUGCAUCUUGCUUUUCUCAUCCCUCACUGUCCUGGCAUCUGACAAUACGUUUGGACCGGAUAAAUGCUGCUUUAAGUUCUACACCCAACAGCUACCUAAGAAAGGGGUGGUGAGCUUCAAAUUCACUGACAAGUUGUGUUCGAUGGAAGGUGUGCUGGCCCUGCGGACAUAA